CGGGCCCUCCUCACCUCGAAUGAAGCUCGUCUGAAGAAUGUGUUGGCUAACCGUACGUAGCUCAUUUGCCGUUUUGGUGAUCGACCGUCAAUCACUCACCACCACGCAUCAUCGCCCCCAUGUGUUUCCAAACGCCCUUCUGUGGCUGAGACCUGCCAAGCCUCCACCAUGCGCUUCAUGUCUAGCCCCGCCAGCACGAGGGUCAGCCCGACUCCUCACUCGGGCGGUUUGCAGCCGCCAGCCGUGCAAACAUCAUCACUCGGCAAACGGUUUGUCGGACAAAGUAACUGCAUGUGUAAUCCUAUCUAUAGCAUCUAUGCAUCUCUUUCUUUUAUUCGUCGUACACUGGAGCCACGAGCCGCGCCGACAUUCAUCACGACGCCUGUUCUCGUGAGCCCCAAAGACUAUUCAAGUCUAUCCCAUGCGCCUAUCGCUAUGCCAAAAACUGGAAGGACCGCUUAUGCUAUUAGGGGGUAUAAAGCGGCAGAUUAAACCGAACCUGAUGCUUAGGACAGGAAGGCAACGGCGAAGAAGAAGCAAAAUCCAAAUGCGCGCCACAGAAUGUCAGUGCGACCGCCGGCGUUGGUAUGAGUCGGGGCCGGAGAU